AUGCUCAAUCCGCACCUGCUGACCGCCAUUGCCGGCACGCUGCUCUCGCAACUCAAGACGUGUCGGCCACCUGCAGUAACUGUGGGAAUCUACACCACAUCCAAGGAUGGAGACCGCUUUGCCUACACGGUGAUCAAUAUCGACACGACGACUACAAUCAUCGGCUUCGGUGGUGCAUUUACUGACGCUGCAGCCAUCAACGUCUACAAGUUGUCGUCCAAGUUACAACAAACGGUGCUGGAUCAGUACUUCUCGAAGACAGGGCUUCAGUACACUUUAGGCCGCGUCCCGAUCGGCUCGACAGAUUUUUCUAAUGGCAUCUACUCGUACAACGACGUAGUAGACGAUUUCGAGAUAAAGCACUUCUCCGUAAACGUGGACAAGUUUUCGUCGUCUCACAAGAUUGAGCUCAUCCAGCGUGCACUCAACACGACGUCACAUGAGAUGAAGCUUUACGCAUCUUCGUAA